AUGCUCCGCGCAGCUCUUUUCCUGGCCUGCGCCAUCCAUGGCAGCGGCCACAAGCUCGCGGUGAUCCCGGGCAAGAAUGAAGCAGAUCCGAGCAAGCUCAGGCCAGCUCGAUCUUCCACAGACUUUGGCCAGGCACAAUUCGUGCAGCUGGCAGCCCAUAUCAUAGCGCGCCAAGACCAAGGAGACCCUCUCCUAGAAAACUUCCAGAGUCUCUUGAAGCGGCUGACCGCCGAAGUCGAUGCCAUUAAGCCUCCAGCUCAGGAGACAACAACAGCCGUGCCAGUGCUUGUCUCGCAGCCAGCCGCGCCAGUGCCUGUCCCGGAGCAGCCUUCCAGAAAGAUUCCGAAGAAGCUGCUCUUUAAUCACAAGGUCAACCUGUUGAAAAUACCGGACGCCCAGAUGAAUUCGGCGGACAAGUUGCUGCGCGAGAAUAUCCUCCAUAUCAUGAGCAUCUUCCCUGAGGUUUCUCAAGAGGAUGUUCAUUUCUGGAAUGACGACGAUUGUCAGAAUGGUCUGGAGGCCCUGAAUAUCCAGGAGAGCGAAGCUUUGAGCAUCGAUUUCGUGUCGGAGCAGGUUGGAAUGGUCAAGUCGGACAUCUGCCGCCUUGCCAUGAUGUACACCCUUGGUGGCUACUACUUCGAUACCGACAUUCUGGUCACCCCAGAACUGAAGGCUCAAAUAGCUCCAGAGACCACCUUUGCGACAGUCCGGGCGGCUGGAAGUCUCAGUGCAACCUUUUUCCAAGCGUUUCUAGGUGCCUCGCAGAAGCAUCCUCUGAUCGAGCUGGCCCUGAAGGAGUUUAAAGCCUGGUACGACAAACUGCGCGCCCCUGGCGUCAACCAGGCUCAGCUGCGCGUGAGCACUGCGAAUGGCAACAUUGGAACUGCGCUUCUCAGACAGGCCUACGACAAGUGGAGUCAGAAUGGACCAACGCCCAAAGUAUCCCAUCCGGGAGGACACGUCUCGCAGUUUUUCGAGGAGACCCCGAUAAACUGGUUACCGAGGGCUCAGUACCCAGGUCUUCUGCCCGGCCAUUCUGGCUUCAUCUGUGACUACGCGGUCGUGAAUAAGCCCACCAGCAAAGUGGUCUUGUACUCGCGGGUUUACGAUUCUCACCAUCACCAAGAGUGCUCGGAAGAGGUGAAACUGAUGCGAAGCAUGGGAAGAUGA